GACGUCACAUCGGUUGCUCGCUAGUGCCGCUAGCCUCUCACUUCGCCGACGACACUCGGCAUGCUCGUUUCGGUUUACCUUGGUUCCGACCCGAUCCGUUCGACUCGUCGCUUCGAUUCCUUCGAAUCGUACCAACGGUGGUUCCAAGUCCGCGACGCCCACGGGAAUUUGGAUUCGAUUUCGCAAUAUGUUCGCGGGCCAAUUGGAUGGACCGGAUGUCUGAUGAUCUGGGGGACUCCCGGUUCGGUGUGUAAAAACUGUCAGUGAAGUUCUGUUGUUCGGUCCGUCCGGCGCUCGGUACGCCGCCGCCGCCGCCGCCGCCGCCGCUGCAGCCGCCGGUUCGAUAGUGUUCCGGGUUUAUUGUACAUAUUGUUCUGUCAUUGUGCCAUGAUACUCUGGAUACGAUCGUGAAUGGAUUAGGUGCUCCGCUACGUAGCCAGGGUACGAAGAUGACUAAUUACGAGGACAGCAGAAGGCUACGGACAGAUGGUUCGAAGAAGCCGAGGAUCGUGUCCGUUGUAGGAAAUGACCAUGACGAGCGUGGCUAUCGCCCCGGGUAGCCUCGGCACACCUCCAUCCAUGCUCACCCCGAAAAUGUAUCAUCUGCAGCAGGGGUUAAAUUCAACGUCGCCCUCGCCUACUCCUGGAAAAAAUUACGACACGCUCAGUAAAGGGAAGAAGUCGUGGAGCGUGAGGCUGGGACUGUCGCGACAGAAUCAGAGUACCGAGGAUGUUGGCAAAGGGUGGGGAACGAUAAGCGGCGGCAGCGUGAUCUCGCGUCAAAUGAUCUACGGUGAUCACCCAUGGCUGUAUGGUACGGUUCGGUCCUCGAGGCCUGGCCACGAGCCACGAGGCUUCAUGACACCGCCGCCCCCGCCGCCGCCGCCGGGAGCACCGGUGCUGGUAGUAUGUUCCUGUCCGGAAUUUCUCAAUGGAACCACCCAGAAAUACGGAAACUGCCGCAAGUGCGGUGGUCACCGAUUGGCUGGUGUACCUUUAGGAGGAACAUGUCGGCUACCGCAGGUCUCUUCAAGAUCCAGGCCCAGCCUCGCGGGAGUCCUGAGAUCACCGAUGGACGACCCGUACGACCAGAUGCGUCGGAAUCGGCUGGUGGAACCCAGAACCCGAGCCCGAAGCAUCUCGCCGCAUCGGCCAUUACCUCAACGCGAUUCCCGGAGCCUGAGCAUCGCGAGGAAUACCCGAAAGGGCUCGAUCGAAGGUACCUCCUCGAGAUCCGAAUGGUUCGACAAAGAAACAGUCGCGAGCUACGAGGAAGGGACGCGCAAGCAACGAGCGAGCUUCACUGGUCCAUUCAGCGACGAGUGGCUAGACGAGGUCUCAUCGCCGCCACUGUUAACAAACCCGCAGAGUCCAUCAGCGCCGACGACUCCACCAGGCCGACUGGUUCGAAUCCCAAGAAAAGUGAAAGCCUCAAGGAACGAAUGGUCAGAUCGUAAAAUUAUCAAAACUGAGAUCGGUCAGGCGAAGAUCAAUCGUCAAGACGAGAGACAGGAGAGACCAUUGAAUAGUAGUAGUGAUUCGAGAAAAAGUAUACUCGAAUGCGACGUGAAUCCGUAUUUAUUAUUAAAGAAGUUGAAGGACGAGGACGAUUUAAGUGACGAUUUGUCGGACAAUGCCUUGGAACAGGAAGACGGCAGACCAGUUUCUUCCAGCCUCUUCGAUUCCUCGAAAGUGAAGUCAAUUGAAAGGAUACAGAGUCGAAGUGCGGUGGCUGCGAUCGGCGGUCAGAGGAUCAGAGUGUUCAACGAACCACACCGCGAGAUCUCAGACGAUGAAGAAUUGCCGCCAGUCACGAGGAUUCCUAUACCAAAAGUUUCACCUAGAAGACCACCGAGAAAGCUUAAAGAAGCUAAGCAAACUUUGAAGAGUAUCCUGAAACGAGGCAAGAUACCAGAGACCAGGAGGAAAAAUGUUUUGUUCAACGUUGAUAAUGUUAUUUUUGCACCUGAGAAACCGUCGGAAGUGACACGACUCAGCUGGAGUAGAAUUGGUAGGAUUGCUAGUUGUACUAGGGAAGAAGCGAGUAAUGAGGAGACAGAGGAGGAAGAGGAGGAGGAUGAAGAGGAGGAUAGUGAGAAGGAAGAGGUGCCGAUAACUGUGAACAGGGUUGAUCAAAAGGAGAAAUAUAAUUUUAUUACUAUUCCGAAUAUUAGAGACCCCAGGGUGGGUAAGGUUCGACCUAAGGAAUCUAGAUUCUUGCAAGACUCGUGCCAAAAUUCUAUUAAUCCCGAUGGGAUUCAAGUAGAUAAACAUACUGGUAAUAGAUUAGUAGAUAAAAUCUCUUCUGGUAGUGUGGAACGUAUUGCUUCGAGGAGGAUAGAGAACGAAUCGCACAGGCAAAUCGAUGUAUCGGAUGUUCCAAGAAAGUUCGCUGAGCAAAGUGUUCGUUCGUUGAAACGUGAGAAUAUCAAGAGUGAAAUGGAGAGGAAGAGGAUAGACGAAUGCAAGAGAAUCGAAGUGGAGGAAGAUGCUGAAAUGAGGAUUGAGAUUGAAGAUCGCAUUCCUGGAAUUACUGUAGACGAAGAAGAUUUGAUAUUGAAGUCUGAGGAGAACUCCAAGAGAUCGUCCCUUUCACGUAGCCAAAGCGAUCGAUCGUUCACCAGACCCGAAAUAUCAGCUGGCGACGUUCUUUUCACAGACACUAUGCGUCUAAGCCUCUGCCGGAAACUAAAAGAAACGUCCCCUUCUUCAAACGACCAAACGAUCAUUCAAAAUGAUUCAGAGAAGCAUUCAAAUUCUACGAGCCAAAUCGAUUUAAUUAAAAUCAAAUGUCAGCCCGAAUUAUCGAACAUAAAAGAAGUCGAGGAAGUCCCAAUAGAGAAGAAGAUAAAAUCAGAAGAUAAAACAGAAGCCGUGACAGAAAUAAUAGGAACUAAGGUGAAAUCAGGAAGUGAAACGAAAGCCCUGACAGAAAUUUCAAAUCGCUUCGAAGGGAGGAACGAUCACUUCCGAGGGAUGAGGCCCACCAGCUGGUCCCCUCCACCUGGUAAAAUAAAACGUUACAAAACCAGUGAUUCGAAACUGAAAGAAAACACAGAAACAGAUCGAAACAGUCCAGCCAUGGUAACCUGGAGUACAUUGAAUUCCUAUGGACCCUCCAAAGUCGAGAUCAGUUCACCAAAUACUGAGAACAAUGUCUAUAAAAUCACGGUUAGUCCUCAGGCAUCGCCGUUGGUACAUCGAUUGCAGAUAGACCACGGUGCCGUCCAAUCAGGUACCACCGGUUCAAGGAGAACUUCAAUUUUAAUUAACAGUGAUUCAACGACUGGUAAUGAGCCUCUUAAUAAAGUGACCAUCAGUGUCGGCGGUGAAGAUGUUUAUAAUCCAACUGUGAUUUCAGUGAACGAAAGUCCUACACUAAUAAAUAAUUCUAAUGAGAAUAGAACUCUUGUUAUCGUUGACAAUUACAAAUCGAAUAUUAUGGUUCCUCCUAGUGAAGAUCCAAAAGGAAGAGAGAGAGAGAAUUUGAGAUCUGGAGAACCGAAGAGCAUUGAAGAUUCUGAAUGUCUUCGAAGAAACAGUGAGUCUUCGGAUAAGCUUGCAUCGGAAAUGUCGAGAACUUCGGAAGAAAAGGAUCGUGGGACUUCGGAAGAAAAGAAUAAUCGUGGGACUCGAAAGAACCAAGACGCUGAAAAUCCCUCUAAGCUUUUCAGUCAAUCGAAAGAAGUCUUAAUCUCAAAACUACUUGAAGAUUCCUUAAGGAAGGCCAGGGAGAACGGAGAGAUUCUCGACGAGGACAGUGGCGAGGCUAUAUUAAAAAUAUUAAAACAGACUUUGUUGAAGAGUAAAGAGUACGAAAGCUCCGAGUCUACUCUAGAAGCGAAUUACUCGAGGACUUCUAGCUUGAAUUCGGAGGCUGAUUUCGUCUCGACGAAUCUUUUCCUCGAGGAGAACACUUACGAGGUGAUAAAGGAGCCUAUUUACGAAGAAAUUCCGGACGAGCCUCCUCCUUUACCGUUGAGUCCUCCGCCUACUGAGGACUAUUUGAAAGACAGAAUAUACUUCGGUGAUAUUGAUUACUAUAGUAAGAAUACUGGCCAGUUUCUCGGUUCUUAUUUAACAGAAAAUGUGUUUAAGAAAUCGAACUCUGAAGAUUUGGCAGAAACGUAUUUGUCUAAGAGUCCUGAGGAUUUUUUUAAGAAAAUGUCUGUGUCUCCGGAGGAAGAGAAUAUUUCGAGUAAGUUCGAGUUGUUGAAUUUCUUGAUGGACUCAAAGGAUCGAGUGUCUAUUGAGGGGGAGGACGAAGAAGACACGGAAGGAGACCUGGAAGCUUUGUAUGAGCAGAAGGAAACUAGUCUUGGUGAUCUGAGUUCAAAGAGCUCGCAGAUUUCGAAUGUGUCUGAUAGCAGUGAAGAAUGUAACAUCAUUCUGACGAAUUCAUCUGAAACGUCCAAGGCGAGAGUUGUGGAUAUCGAGAGGACCGAUAGCGGGGUGGGAUCGGAAAGUAGUCAGGCGAGCAGUACUCGGGGCGUGCCGAGACGUUGGAGAGCAGGAAACGUCUCCUCGAGGCCAGGAAGUCUACUCGCAAGUGGAAUCCCACAAGUGAUUUCCGGUGAUUCAAAGCUCUGCGAAGAUUGCGAACAACGUUUAGACCCUUUAAUAACAGACAGCGGCGUGGUGUACGCGCCUUUCGUGUGCAGGAAAUGUUCAAAAAAACGAGUAGAGCGUAAGGAAAUCAUUACGGAGAUCGUGGAGACCGAGCAAAAAUACGGAAGGGAUUUACAAAUUAUUCUCGAGGAAUUCCACAGGCCUAUGCUCAGGGCUGGCUUGCUCACAUCCGAACAAUUAUCAGCGAUUUUUCUCAACGUGGAAGAACUCCUCGAGCACAAUCUCGUCCUAGCGGAGAAGCUCAAGGACGCCGUGGAAUUCGCCCAGGAAUCUGGAGACGAAGAUCUUUUGACGGUGGACGUAGGGAAGAUCUUCUUGGAAUCCGAGCGGAUGUUACACGCGUUCGAAAGCUAUUGCACUCGGCAAGGGAGCGCCAGUCUACUGUUACAGAAUCUCGAGAAGGAGAAGGAGUUACUGCGAAUCUUCUUGAAAGUCUCACAGAUGGAAAAUACAGUUUUACGUAGGAUGAACUUGAAUUCCUUCCUAAUGGUACCUGUUCAAAGAGUCACUAAGUAUCCUCUCUUGCUGGCUCGAUUGCUGAAAGCUACUCCUUCCGUGCGGCCAGACAUUCAAGAAGCAAAGGAAAGACUAAAACAAGCGCAAGCUAACAUAGAAUUGCAUUUGGAACACAUGAAUGCUGAAGCGAAAGAUGUAACUUCGACGAAACUUUGGAGGAGGAUCUCGAUCAUCCAGAAUGGCAGACGACCGAUCGGUGAACAAGACAUAGUGAAUAUCAAAUUAAAGAAGAUGGCUGUAGAAGUAUUGGAAUGGGCUCACGAAGAUGCGAAGUUCGUAUUGGAAGGACGUCUUUUAGUUGCCCAGCCAACGGAUAAUAACUGGCGACGCGGGCGAACCGUCAAGCUCGCACCUGUGACUGCUAUGCUCGUCACCAAUAGCAAGCCGAACGCGGAGGAUCUGGAGUUUAACGACGAUUCUCUUUUUUCGAGACACGUCGGUAUAAAAGAGGCCACGUUAUUGUUGGUGAAGGAGAAGCUUGGACGUUAUUCCUUGUUGCGUGAACCACUGUAUCUCGAUAAGUGUAUCGUCUGUUGCGAAACGGACCUCGAAGACUACUUCGAGAUUCAAGAACUGUCGUCAAAAGAAACUUUCAUAUUUAAGGCCGAGGAUGGAGCUAGAACGAAAAGAUGGUGUAGGACGUUGCAAGCUCAUGCACAGUCCUUGGGCGCGUGGCGUAAACGUCGCGGAGCGUUGCCAAACAUCAUGAUAUGCGGCGUCGCCAGAAAUUGAUGAAUAACACGUGAAAAGUAUUCACAACCGUUAUUUAAAAGGUGAUCAUGAUUCCUAAACGUUGAACUUGCGUAUGAUCUCCGGAUCGGGUAAAUCGAUAAAAGGAUUUCCUCUGCUCAUUGAUAGCACAAGUCAAUGAGCGACACGAAGAUCUGUACAGUUCUACCAUUUUGCAUUCGUUAUAUACAUUAGUGUCUAUCUAAUAGAGGGUUUCAGGUUACAAUGAUUAAAUCCUUUAAUUCAAGAUUAACAGACUGACAGCCCAUGCAUAUUUUUGAUCGAUUCGGUAAUUUCACCGAAUUCACACAUUUUUCUAUUAUGGUCAAUUACACAUCUUUCUACGCAUAUGAAAGCUGCCUCCAAGGUCUGAACGAGCUUUAACUAUCAAAAUUUCAUUAUUCAAUUCUUAAUCAAUUAAAAAGUCUGCAAUCCUGAUUGAAUCGUUUUUCUCCUAGCUAAAGCGAACUACUCGUUCCUCUGUAACAGUUAAAAAUUGCCUCUAUUAAAAAGACACUAAUUUAUCCCGCAGGUUACAGUAAGUUGCAGAAACUAGAGUUUCCUACGUCGCUGUAAUCAACGCGUUAUCUAAACAUUAAAAUAUCGGUCGCAAACUCUCGUCACAAGUUCUCGUUCGGUUACAAGUUCUCUUUUCUCCACUUCUUCCACUGAACACCGAACGACUGCAUCGAAAUUGAAAGAACAGAGGGUAGCUGCGAUACUGGCCGGUGUAUCGGUUACGCGUUCAUCGUAUAAAUUCAUAAUAAUAAGCGAGCUUUCGUUUAACUUUCACCGCGAGGAUGAUCAGUGUACAUAAUAUUAAAGAUGAUAAGGUAAUUGGGUUGUUAUAUUUUAUACCUACGAAUUAUGAAAACUAGGAAACUGCCAAACGUUUCAUAAAACCGGGCUUGUUAACGAUUAUCAUUAGACUGCCGAUCUUUAUGCGAAACGAAACAUUUAUGGUAUUAAUUUCAAAAAUGUAUUUUAGAUAAAUAUUUGAUUGACUGCUUGAGCAUUGAAAUGUUCAUUCAGCUUUCGAUAUUCUUCUCUUAUACCUUUUAUCAUUUCUACACAUUGAAUUUAAUUCUAAUUGCAUAAAAUCUGCAGUCUAAUUAUUAUUAAUAUACUACUAUGUAUUCGUUAGUUUUAUAUAAUUAACAGUAUUUUAUGGCGUUCUAACAAGGAAAACUAAAUGUUGUACAUUGUACUAUAAUUUCGUUUAAGAUCUAAGCCAUAUGAUUUUUGUAUAUAGAUGUAUAUUUAUAAUGAAAUUGGCUGUAGACACGUAAUUGUCACCUGAAAUCUGUCAUUCAAUAAAAUUAAAUAAUCACAACUGUA